AUGGCUGAUGAUGGAGGGGUAGCGACUGGCGGUGCUGGUGGUGGUGCUGGUCAUGGUAAUAGCCAUGGGGACAUGCAUGAUAUUUCGCGCGCAGCACAACCAGCGUUCCUCAACCAUAACUCGCGCAAAUCCACUCUCAGCAAGACCGGUUUCGAUGAGAAUAUAGCAGGCUAUUCGGGGACUGAUACGCCCAUAUCGUUUGGGACAAAGCAAGCCCGGCAUGGAGCGCCAGACAUAACUGAUUAUUUCGUCGGCCCUCGAGAUCUUGAAAAGCAUUCAAAGCUACCAUACUUCUUGCAAAUGCAUGGCAGCAUUCUCCCAAAAAUGAUCGUUCCGUUAUCAUUGAUUGCUUCUUGGGCAUCGCUGAUUACUUGUCUCCACAAAUUCGUCACACCUCUUGGUGUAUCCACCCUCCUGCUCACAGUGCUCGGUUUCGUCGUCGGUCUCGCCCUGUCUUUCCGCAGCAGUACCGCCUAUGAACGAUACUCUGAGGGCCGCAAGACCUGGUCAGCCCUCGUAGUCCACUGCCGUAACCUCUCGAGAUAUAUCUGGAUUCAUACCGAUGAGCGAGAGGGCGAACUUGGCAAGCAGGAUCUUCUUGCCAAAGUAACCGCUAUGAACUUGGUCCUCGCCUUCGCCGUCGCUUUGAAGCAUAAGCUCCGAUUCGAGCCCUUUGCCCAUUACGCCGAUAUCACGGACCUGGUCGGCCAUCUUGAUACCUUUGCCAAAGCUGCCCACAAGGAGGAACAUCUGAAAUCGGAGAAAAUAUCCCCGUGGAAGAGGGUUGGCGGGUAUUUGGGUCUCUCAAUGGCCAGCAGCAACCCUCGAAAGGUACUCAAGCGCGCGGAUAAGCCGUUGGGGAAUUUGCCAUUGGAGAUCUCGGCAUACCUAAGCGCGUAUAUCGAAGAAAUUGUUAACAAUGGAACGAUGAAAUCACCCACAGUCGUUGGACAAAUGCUCACCUCGCUCUCCGCCCUGACCGACUCCCAAGCAGCCGCCGAACGUGUCCUCACGACUCCUCUGCCAGUCGGUUACAACAUCCUAAUAUCCCAAAUUGUCCUCCUUUAUGUCUACCUCCUUCCCUUCCAACUCCUAGAAAGUCUCAAGUGGGUCACCAUUCCCGGUACCAUCGCCGCAGCAUAUAUCAUCCUCGGUCUUGCAUCAAUUGGCAACGAGCUCGAAAACCCCUUCGGAGACGACGUCAACGAUCUGCCUCUAGAUCAGUAUUGUGCUGAUUUGGCCAAGGAGCUGAACGUCAUGAUGAGUGUGAAAACCCCUAAAUUCGGCGAUUUCGUGAAGGAUUCUGCGCAACACAACAAGGUUCUUUGGCCUUUGAGCACGAGCGGAUAUUCAGAGUGGGCAGCCAGGCCUGAGGCCGAUAUACGAAGCGCGCUGAGGGCUAAGGUCAUUGCUGGGAAACCGAGCGCACCCGCUGGAGAAAAGAGCCGGACCCCAAGUCUGAAGGAGAGCGUAGUCUAA